CCCAUGACAAUGAACCCUCUCCCACCUUUCCCCCCGCCAUCACUACUCAUAAUUUUCUAUGACUCUUAUUAUUACUCUUCUUCACUUGGCCUAUUUAAACUUGCAAGACAGAAGCUUUCUUGCUAGCUCCUUCCACCUCCAUUAAUGGCGCCUCACUUCCUUCACCUCGUCUCUCCCUUCUUCUACCUCUCUGCAAUUUGCUUGGCUUCUUCAGCUCGGAGUCGCAUUCCGGCCGUUAUAGUUUUCGGCGACUCCACAGUUGAUACCGGGAACAAUAACGGCAUCAAGACGACGCUGAAGAGCGAUUUUCUCCCUUAUGGCCGUGAUUUCAUCACCGGAAAGCCGACGGGGCGGUUCUGCAAUGGCCGGCUCGCGACGGACUUUAUUGCUGAAGGGCUCGGCCUUGGGCCGGAAGUGCCGGCUUUUCUCGACCCGACCCGAACCAUAAAGGACUUUGCAACUGCCGUUUGCUUCGCUUCUGCUGGAACGGGUCUCGAUAACGCCACCUCCGAAGUCCUGAACGUAUUACCUCUGUGGAGAGAACUUCAAUACUUCAAGCAAUACCACCGCCACCUCCGCCAAUACCUCGGCGUCGCCGCCGCCCACCGAACCAUCACCGAAGCCCUCUACAUCUUAAGCAUCGGCACCAACGACUUCCUCGAGAACUACUUCCUUCUCGUCACCGGCCGCUUCAGGCAGUUCACCGUCGGUCAGUACCAAGACUUCCUCGUUAGUCUCACCGCCAACUUCAUCACCGAAAUCUAUCGCCUCGGUGCGAGGAAGGUUAUGCUAACCGGUCUUAGCCCGAUAGGCUGUCUUCCGCUGGAGAGAACCGCCAAUUUGUUCGGUAUGGGUGAGUGUAACGACGAGUAUAAUGAGGUGGCUUUGGAGCAUAAUGCGAAGGUGGAAGCCAUGGUUGCUGAGAUGAAAGCUGCUUUGCCUGGAUUGUGGUUGAAGGUUGACCGCAUUUAUGACGUUAUUCUUGGAAUGAUACAGAAUCCUGCGCAGUAUGGAUUUGAGAACGUUGGUGAAGGCUGUUGUGCCACUGGGAAGUUCGAGCUGGGAUACUUGUGCAAUCAGUACAAUCUCCACACGUGUGCCAAUGCUGACAAAUACGUGUUUUGGGACUCUUUUCACCCAACCCAAAGGGUCAACCGUUUACUUGCAGAUCACUCUCUCAGGAUCACACUUAAAGAUUUAUUAGAAUAGUAUUUACUUUAUAAAAAAAAUAUUGUUACAAAUAUAUUAUUAGUUAUUACAAAUAUAUCCCCAGUUGUCGACCGUUGUAAAUUUGAUAAGUUGGAUGUAUGCAACUAAAUUAUAAAUUUUACAAGUUUUUCGAGGGGUUUCAAUAAUA